CUCAAUAAAAAACCAUCACCAAUUAACUUCUUUGUUAAAUUACUUAAAUUCUUCUUUAUUUUCACAUAUAGAUAGAAUCGAAAAUAGAAAAUAUAAACAUCUAAAUAGUUAGCAUUUAUAAAUGGCUGACGCUGGAAAAAGAAAAAAUGUGGCCAUAGCUGGUGUGGCCGCGGUCCUCUUGGUGGCAUGCGUCGUCGCUGCCACCUUGUCUGUGACAAACAAGAAAGGCGGCAGCGGUGGCGCGCAGGUGACCACCUCGACGAAGGCGGUCCACGCGAUAUGUGCCACUACCGAUUACAAGGACGCAUGCGAGACGAGCCUUGUCGACGCGAAGAACACGAGCAACCCUAAAGAGCUCAUAAAGGUGGCUUUCAACUCCGCCAUGAAAAACCUGAGCGACGCCAUCUCCCACUCGGCGGUGCUGAAGGAAGCCGCCAAGGACCCCCGGACCUCUGGCGCGCUGGACACGUGUAAGGAGCUGCUCGACGACUCGGUGGACGAUCUCAAAAGGUCUUUCUCGAAAGUCGAGGAUUUCGACAUGGACAAGAUCGAGGAGUACGCCGACGACCUCAAGGUCUGGAUCAGCGGUGCCAUUACCCACCAGCAAACGUGCCUGGACGCGUUCGAGAACACCACCGGCGACACCGGCGAGAAGAUGAAGAAGCUGCUCAAGUUCGCCGGCGAGCUCACCAGUAACGGCCUCGCCAUGGUCACCCAGUUCAGCGAUGUCCUGCAGACCCUAGAGAUCCCCGGAAUGAAGAGGCGCCUCCUGAGCCACGAAAAGAAGGCGGGAGACGAUGGCGGCCUCCCCGCUGACGGGCGACGGUUCCUCGCCGCCGACCCGGCGUCCAUCAAACCCAACGUCGUCGUCGCGCAAGACGGGAGCGGGGAUUACAAGACCAUAAAUGAGGCUCUCAAAGCUGUGCCGGAGAAGAAUAACGACACUUACGUGAUCAAGAUCAAGGCCGGAGUGUACAAGGAGCAAGUAAUGGUUCCGAGGAAGAUGAACAAGAUUGUUUUUCUGGGAGAUGGGCCCACUGCCACCAAGAUUACUGGAAGCUUGAAUUUCAUUGACGGGGUCAACACAUACAGAACCGCCACUGUUGCAAUCCAGGGAGACGGGUUCAUGGCACGAGAUAUAGGGUUCGAAAACUCCGCCGGAGCGAGUAAACACCAAGCGGUGGCCCUCCGCGUCUCCGCCGACAACGCCAUCUUCUACAACUGCCAGAUCGACGCCUACCAAGACACCCUCUACACCCAUUCCUACCGCCAGUACUACCGCAACUGCGUCAUCUCCGGCACCAUCGACUUCAUCUUCGGCGACGCCGCCGCCGUCUUCCAGAACUGCAAGAUGCUCGUCCGCAAGCCCCUGGAGAACCAGGCCUGCAUGGUCAC